AUGCCACCCUCUCAGUCGCCAGUCCGUUUCUGGGCGCUGCGGGAUUUACCUGAGUGCCCCCUCCUUUACGCGUCUUUUCUCUCCUCUGAUUUCUUGUCGUUUGUGGGCUUACCGUACUCUCACCGCACACUCCGCUCGAUGACAAAUGCGAAUUGCCCUUUUCGUACAUCACGUGCACUCCACGCCACCGUCACCAACACAUCUAUCCUUCUCCAAGGACAUGAUGUAUCAGGUUCUGUUGAGCAUGAAUACCGUAAUCAUCUGAGCGCGGGUUCAUUUGUUAUUGUAGCACGAGCUGGUCUCUCGCACGAGGCGACGAUAGCAUCAAUUUGGUUGCUCAACCAAUUCCACAUCCUAUACAUGUUUUCCGUUCCCAGACUCAACGUUAUCAACGAAGCUUGGAGGUACUGGAACCAAAUGGGUCAUCUUUCCAAUCAUGAAGACGACAAUGGUUACGCCCAUUCCCUGUCUACCUUCAUACAUGCUCAACGACACUACACGCCGCCAAUAGUCGAGCGAAGAACCACCCACAGGCGACGAAUUGAUCCGCGACACAACACCACACUAUGCGGAUAUUCUCGCGCAUCUUAUUGCAACGCGGAACACUAUCGGGAAGCUCACAACGCGGGAACAGAUCCCGCACGCUCGAGCUAUCGAAUACCGGUAUACCAGUUCACGCGGUAA